CCCGCAUCUCAUCCUCUUUCUCCCCGUUUUUAAUGACUUCAAACAAGUUCAUUUUCGCUGGGCUUUGUCUUGCGGAGACCCGUGGGGAUGUCUAGCGCUCUCUCCUUUCAGUGGCAUUUAUGUGAUGUCUUCAAGAGUGCGAUGUGCUGUAUCUCCUGUAGCCACACCCUCUCACUACUGCUGUGCGUCCUCACCCUGACUCCGACGGCAACAGGGGCGGGACCAGAGACCCUGUGCGGGGCGGAGCUGGUCGACACGCUGCAGUUUGUGUGUGGAGAUAGAGGCUUUUAUUUCAGUAAACCAACAGGCUAUGGCCCCAAUGCACGGCGAUCACGUGGCAUUGUGGACGAGUGCUGCUUCCAAAGCUGUGAGCUGCGGCGCCUGGAGAUGUACUGUGCACCUGCCAAGACUAGCAAGCCUGCUCGCUCUGUGCGUGCACAGCGCCACACAGACAUGCCGAGAGCACCUAAGGUUAGUACUGCAGGGCACAAAGUGGACAAGGGCACAGAGCGUAGGACAGCACAGCAGCCAGACAAGACAAAAAACAAGAAGAGACCUUUAUCUGGACAUAGUCAUUCAUCCUUCAAGGAAGUGCAUCAGAAAAAUUCCAGUCGAGGCAACACGGGGGGCAGAAAUUACAGAAUGUAGGGAAGGAGUGAAUGGACAAAUGCCCUGCGACUUGGGAAGAGAGAAGGGAGUGGCCUUACCUGGUACCCCUGUGGAAUGGUUCACUGUAAAACAAAACAAAGAGAAAGCUAACAGUGUUCUGAAAAGCUCUUCAAAAUGAUUGAAACCUGAGAGCUAAGUGUUGUUUAAAGGUAUGAUGAGGGAUCUUGUGAUUAUUUUAUACACUGCACCAUUCCAUAUCAGGAGGAAUUCUUUGUUAAUGCAAUGUAACAGACUAGUUUAGCUGCUGAGACACGAACAAGAGCUUAUUAUACCUCCAUGUGUGAGCUGCAGCAUCCCCUGGCUCCAGGAAAUCUGGGCUUCAGCCAAUCAGAGAGCGGCAGGCUGUGUUUGAGAAUGAGUGGUCCAUCCUGUCCCUUGAACUUUGGGGAAGUAAAUCCUUUUACUCUAAGAGAGUGGAUUCAUUCGCUCCUUUAGUAAGACAGGAUACUUUGACAUCAGUCACAUAUAACAGUUACUACCCCGGUUAAUUAUCUUACCUUCAGAGUUUGUUUUUAUGCACCAUGCAUUACGGAGGAUUAUUUUUAAAAAACGAGGUCAUUAUCAGACUUUAACAUUGUUAUAGUUAUUUUACCUUGAGCCCAAAUCAAAUCCCUAUUUCUCAUUGACUGAAGCAGUGUUCUUCUGUCUAAGUGGAGUCCCUUGAAGGUUUGAGUCCAAUCCAAAUCCCUCCUAAGCCUCAGGAAGUGUUGAGAAUCUGAGGACUGAGUCUCCAAUCCAAACACUUCUAUAACAACAGAUCAAGCAUCAUUAGAGGGGAUUUUAAGGAACAGUUGGUUCUGCAAAAACAAGAUUUUGUCUGUUUUCAAAAACAGAGAAACAAAUUAACCAGAAGCUAAAUUGAAUUAAAGUUUUUUUUUGGUCAGUCAGUGCAUGGCGCUUGUUUGAUUGUCAGAAAUGGGUCAUUCAGUGGAUUCAAAGUGCAUUUGGCUCAAGUCGGUGGCGACAAUCUGGCAAAAUGUUUGUUGUCUGCAUCCUUUUCACAUGUCACCACCAUGGCCAAAUCUAAUUUUUGCAAGUCAACAAGCACUCUAAGACACCCACCAGAAUCCACGAGAUUAAAAUCUUUUUCUUGUCCUCUUGAAGAACAAUGUGUUCCCAAAUCAGUCAACACAGAAGUUUAAAGCAAAAUACGGAGAGACUUUAACAAUAGGCAUGUAGAUGGGAAGUUUAAUGAUUAAUCAAUCUUGGCCUGUUAUAUUUUGUUAGUUUAGGGAGGCCGAGAACUUUGCUACUUUAGUUGUCGCUUGGACUGCAUUACCUGCCAUCAUGGCGAGAGUAGAACAAAACUCCACUGCAUCUGUUGCAAAGUCCACUGAAGAAACAUGCAGAUUACAUGAUUUGGUAAAUAUUGCAAACCAAAGUGACAAGUCCUCCUGGAGAUGUGAGAUACGGCACACGUAUAACAGUACACAAACACACAUACAAAGCACCCACAGUGUAAAUGAGAGUUGUGUAACUGUGAACAAGGUUCAAGCACACACAAACACACACAUGUUUCAUAAAAAGCCAGUUCUGAGAAGUCCUUGCAUGAGGACUGACAGUCAUGGCUGUUUGUCCAAGCCUCCUUGUGGAUUUACAGUCAUUUUUUCUCACAAACCACCCAAGACAUCUCAUCUCUGGCUCUGCCUCCUCUGCCUGUGUAUAAUCAAACAGUACUCCCAUAUAUGUUAACCUAUGCAUUACUAUCAUUCAUUGUACAUGAUGGUUUCAUAUAACAAAACUGUAUUAAGAAUCCUAUCCACUGUAUAAUGGUGCUAUUUUGUAGUUUGUUACUUGCAAGAGAUGGCUAAGACGGACAGAUGGCAGGGCUUACAUUGAAGGUCUUCCCUUUUGCACAGCCUUGUGGCCACCAUUUUAAUAGUGUUUUUAUUUGUAAGCUGUUUCAAUAAGGUAGUAGUGUAAGCGAGCAAAUGUAUCUGUGUGAAAUCUGUGAAUGCAUGGAGAUAAAAAAAGAAAAUGAAAAUACCAUGUUGUGGUCCCAAGAAGGCAAAAUGCUAUUUUUUCUACUGUUUUUGAAUUAUUUUCUCAAUAUAGAUCCCUUAUGCCAAAUAACUUGACAAAAGUACUGUGAACUGUGAUUCUUCCAAUUGUAUUGAGAUUGUUGAAAUUCAUGGUGUGCUUUUGUCUGUCCUGAGAUGUGUGUACAUGCACUUCACUGGAAGCCAAGGUACUGAUUAUUGAAAACACUUAACGCGAGGCUAUGUAACUUUUGCUGAACAGCGCCCACUGUGGCUACAAGUGAUAAUUACAGGAUAAUAGUAUUAAAUUUGCCUUCAUUUUCAAA